GCCUAAUAGGAUAAUCCUCUCUUCUUGGGCUUCUUGUCUGUUAUGGCUUUAAGCUUCUGCUUCAAAGCUUCACUCAACCAACAGCUACAAGUGAAGGUGAAUUCUAGCAACAACAAAUGUCUGCAAAAAAUCAAAAACCUCACAAAAACCCUCACAGUUCCUUCAAUUUUCUCCUCCCCACACGAAUCUCUCCAAAAGGGGAACUGGGUUAAGCUUAUAUGUGGUGCCAGCUUCGAGAUGUGGUUGAUAUCAGAAAUCUCUCUCAAGUUUACACUCUUGCAGGAGUUGAUUGCAUUGACUGUGCUGCGGACGCUUCGGUAGUGAGCGCUGUGAAUGAAGGAAUUGAGGCGGCUAGAGAGAUUGUGCCGUUUCGAAGACCUUGGGUAAUGAUCAGUGUUAACGAUAAUGAAGAUCUUCAUUUUCGCAAAGCCGAAUUUGAUCCAGCAGACUGUCCUCCAGACUGUUCAAGGCCAUGUGAGGUGGUUUGUCCUGCUAAUGCAAUUUCACUGGUGGAAGGGAAAUCAACAGUAGAACUUCCCCACAGUACAAGAUCACCUGGAGCAUUGAAGGGUGGAGUUAUAACCAAAUGCUGCUAUGGCUGUGGCCGGUGCUUUCCUGUUUGCCCAUAUGAUAAAAUAAGUGUGGUUACAUAUGUAAGAAAUGCAACUGCCACAGCUGAACUUCUUAAGGGAGACAACGUUGACGCUGUAGAGAUACAUACAAGUGGAAGGCAGAGUGCUUUCUUUAGAGAACUUUGAAAUCGUUUGGGAGAUGCAAUUAGGUAUCUGAGGCUGGUAGCAGUUAGCUUACCUGAUAUCGGGGAUUCCACAAUAUCUUCAAUGAACACAAUGUACUCUAUCAUGGAACUGCAGUUGGAUUGCUACAACUUAUGGCAGUUGAGCCCAUGUUGCUUCAAGCUUUCAAUCAUAAUAUAACUUGUUGGAUUCAAAUGAUAUCAUCAUAGAAAUUAAAUUCAGUUUUAAUGAUCCCAUAUAUGUACACAAUAUAAUCUACAAAACCCACAGUUGGAUGGCCGCCCAAUGAGUGGAGACAUUGGUUGAGGUGCCACCAGGGAAACGAUUGCAUUUGCAGUUCGUCUGGCUGCUGCAAAAAGAUAGACCUCAUGGUUUGUGUAGAGGAUCGCCAUGUUUAUUGAGAAUGCAUGUUAAGUUUGUAUGAUUCGCCCGGUUUACAUCUUCUUUUCCCCGUAGGUUUUCUCCAAUUGGCCGGUGGCACUAAUGCUCACACAGUUGAUGGGUUGAAGAAAGAGGGGCUUUUCCAGACAACAUCCGU